GUGUUGUGUGUCUUUGGAAUCAAAAUGCUGCUGAGGUCAUUCUAAAUUAAUCAAUCACCUUGCUAGUUUGCCAGCUAGAUAAACCAUAUUUGGGCUUUCCCACACAGUUGAACAUGUAUAAAAACCUGGAGCCAAACCUCAGCUGCACAUAUCAGAUUCAAGGUCUGUUAGGAUGGCUCGUAUGUCUGUGUUCAGGUUCUCAGCUCUGGCUCUGCUGCUGCUGUCUGCCUGCUGUUGGGCUGACAAUCAGGCAGAGGACCUUGCAGAGGAGAACUCAGUAAAGUUUUCUGUCUCUGAACUUCUGGAAAGAGCCAACAGUAAUCUGAUCCGUUCCCAAGAUGAACCCAUCCUGACUGGAGGAGACAUUGCCAUCGACAGCGAGGCCGAAAGGAACGCCGACCCCUGCACCAGCCGAGGCUGCAUGUGGGGCAAGUUUACUGAUGGGAAGGUCUACAUUCCUUAUUACAUCACCAAUCACUUCUCCUCUCGUGAGAAGGCCAUCAUCACCCGUGGACUGGAGUCCUUCUCUUCCUUCUCCUGCAUCCGCUUCAGGCCCAGCAGAAGCACUGACCGUGACUGGCUGAGCAUUGAGUCCCAGAACGGCUGCUACUCCUACGUUGGCCGUCGUGGUGGUAAGCAAGUGGUGUCUCUGGCCCGUAGUGGAUGCCUUUACCAUGGCACCGUCCAACACGAGCUGCUCCACGCUCUGGGAUUCAACCAUGAACAGACCCGCACUGACAGGGACAACCACAUCAGAGUCCUGCUGCAAAACGUCCAGUCUGGAAUGGAGCACAACUUCAGGAAGAUUGCCACCCUCAACCAGGGCACUUCCUACGAUUACAACUCUGUCAUGCAGUACCACAGGUACGCUUUCUCCAAGAACAACCAGCCCACCAUGGUCCCCAUCCCUAACUCCAACGUGAACUUUGGUAACGCUAAGGAGAUGAGCAAAAAUGACAUCGCCAGACUCAACACGCUCUACAAGUGCUAGGAAACUUGUUCACACAUGCUGACAGAAAGAUCAGAGAGAAGAUUGUCUCCUCAUCCUCGCUGCACAACAGAAGCUGCAGACCUGAACUCACCAGCACAACACUCAA